AUGUCCAUUAAAAGACAAGAGCAGCCAACAGACACACCAUAUGCUGCAAACACACCCCACGAACAAAUUGACGCACUGUCCGAAGAUGAAGAUGAAGAUCAAUACCCCGACGGCGGGCUGAAGGCCUGGCUAGUUGUCUUCGGCGCCUUUGCAAUGUUAAUCUGCACAUUCGGCAUGAUGAGUUCGGUCGGAGUCCUCCAAUCAUACUGGGAAACCCACCAAUUGAAAGCCUACCCCUCAAGUACAGUCGGCUGGAUACCGUCAGUAUUCGUCUUUUUCAAUUUAAUGCUGGGCAUCCAAAUCGGGCCGAUGUUCGACAGAUACGGACCCCGAUGGAUAAUUCUCACCGGAUCACUUCUCUACAUCCUAUCCUUUUUUCUACUCGCCGAAUGCAAGGAAUACUACCAGUUUAUGCUCUGCAUGAGUGGCCUCGGUGGAGCCAGCAGCUCUCUCAUAUCGACACCGACCAUGGCAUCUAUCUCGCACUGGUUUCACAAGCGCCGUGGUCUGGCUACGGGCAUUGCUAUGGCGGGUGCUAGUAUAGGGGGCAUACUUUUCCCUAUUAUUUUGAGACAUGUGAUAGAUCGAUUGGGAUGGCCAUGGGCUAUGCGUAUCAUGGGGUUUAUUUUUGUGUUCCUUCUUACCAUCGGCAAUCUUUGUGUCAAGGGUCGACUUCCUGCUAAGGUGGGCAAGGGCACAAUUGAUCUAAAGUGCUUCUCGGAUUCAAGAUUCGUAUGGAUGACAGCGGGUGCAUUUUUCAGUGAAAUUGUUCUCUUUGCAUCAUUGGGUCUGGUACCCUCAUAUGCAGUGGCUCAAGGGUUUGGCUCCGAUACGGGCACCUAUCUACUGGUCGUUCUGAAUGCAGGAUCGGCUGUGGGACGAUUGCUCUCAGGCUUGACAUCCGACCAUUUUGGAGCGUUCAACACCAUGGCUGUCGUAAUAGCAGUGACCACGGUUUUGAUAUUUGCGCUAUGGGUACCACUUGGUCAUUACAUUGGCGUUCUAUACCCAUUUUCUUUCAUGCUUGGUCUUGGAACUGGGAGCUUCCUGAGCCUGACACCUGUUUGUGUUGGUAGAGUUUGCAGGGUCGAAGAAUUCGGGCAGUGGCUAGGAACUUGUUAUUUUGUGAGCAGCUUUGGAACCUUGGUUGGUAUUCCUAUCGCUGGAGAACUGCUCCAGGUAGCAGGCCCAACACGACUGGCUGCCGUUCUCGGUGGCAUUUUUGGACUAGCCCUGCUGAAUUUCAUAAUUGCACGAUGGUCAUGUUUGAAGUGGGAGUGGAAAUUGUGGGCAAAGGUCUAG